AUGAGCGAUAUGGAAGUUUUGAAAGUUUUCAGGAGAGUUUCCUCAGAGACGGAAAGUGUCGCGUCAAUUUUCAUCAGUAGUUUGAAUGUACGCCAUUCCCCUUCUCCCACUUUAACAAUAGCAAUUUUAACUAAAGAGAAAGGAAUUGAAUCUGUUGGGGAGGAAUUGCCUCCCAUAGUGACGCCCUUGUACACGUGCCUACACAAUCAUAUUCACACAAAAGAACUUCUUGACGUUCACGUCGCUAUACUAUUAAACGGCGCGAUCGAAGUCGAAGAGGACAUAUUUAGAAACCUAGACUGGAAUGAAAUGCACCAUCUACAGUUUGCUGAUGACCUUGUAAUUUUGCUGAAGACCCAACUGCCCUUCAAAGUGUCAUGCCCGGGAGUAUGGUUAUGCCAGGAUGGCCGUGUGUCACUCACAGUGUUUCUACUCGGUACAAGUUAUCAAACGUGCAUGUUGCCCCCAAUCUUCCCACUUAUGUUCAAAGAUGUGUUUUACUUUCGUAAGAGAUUUCAAGAAUCAUGUGCACUAAACAACAUCUGCUGUAUUUUAAAAGACGAAACAAUAUACUGUGAAUUGGUACAAUGGACUGACAACUGUUUCACUGGUAACUGUUCAGUGCUGGCGCAGUAUCUAGGAGCCUUAAAUGAUGUAUUAUUCCCACCGAACAUGUGUUCCACUGAUGGUGUUGAUUUAUUAAUGAGGCGUGCUAAAGAGUUCCCUGGCAUACUAGCACCAAAGAUCGAGAUAGCAACAAAGGUCCGUAUUGACGAGGUGUGGGAGCAACCAUGUAACGUUAAAGCGAUGGGGGUGACAACGUGUCACUGCGCCCGUGACAUUGAGGGCUCCCGGCAAAAGCAAGUCUGUCAUUCUGCACAGUAUCACAGGAGUAAAUGUACCAAGCGGGUCCCGUCCGUGUCCCGGUCCAGGUCCAGGUCCCGGUCGCGGUCCCAGGGCUCCUCCAGGUCCUGCUGCAGUCUCACUCCGGAACCAGUGAAGACCGUAUGUGGAUGCCAAAAGUCUCAAAAUGGAUCAGAAAAAUUUAAGACGAAACCGAUCGCAUCGUUUGAAGACGACGUAAUACACAAAUCCUUGUUAGAAAGUCGCUAUAUCGAUCAGCAGUCAAUUUACGACAAUAAACUGGUAGAUAGAGAAUUAAAGAAACAUUUUCAAACUAAAAUAUCGCCUUGUGUGUGUGAAAUAUGCAGAAAGUAUCAUGAAUUGUUUCACGUCAACGAUUCACGUAAUUAGAGACUGAUAAUUUAAACCGUAACGUCGCCCCAAUAAUGGUUAGUGUUGAUAUAUCGACACUUCCCACGUAUAAUAUCGUAAGUCGUAACUAUAACAUAAAGUUAAUUGUAUCAUUUUUACCAAAUUUACAGUACAGCUAAUCAAAAUUUUUCAAUGUUUCUCUCUCAUUUAUAAUAAUGGUGGUAAGUGGUAAUAAUAAUACGUAUAAUAAUGAUCGUUGUGCGUAAGCCAACGCGUAUGUCAAUUCAACUAAUGUUUACAUAAUAAUCGCAUCUUAAUAGAAUCUUAGUUAAUUGCAUUUUGCCGUUGUACUAUUUACCUGAAGUUCAAUAUUAUUAUAUAUCUGUUUGAUUUGUGAGGAAGAUAUAGCACUAAUAAUUUUGGACUUCAGGUAGAUAUUACAAUGUUAAAAAUUGAUCGACCGGUCGCGGAUAUUCUGCAGUUAUAUUAAAAAUGAAAGAAUACAAACCUCGUUAACAUUAUAUACAUAUAAUAACUACAUGUAUUUAUUUUAUUUAAAAUCUAUGGGAAAAAAUAUUGAAACUAAAAUAUUAUCUUUGUCUAUUAUCGUAAUACGAUCCCACUGUCCAAUCUCGCCAACAUUAGUCAAAGUAGAAUUAAUAAAAGAAUAUAUAAUAGAAUUACUAAUUUAACAUGUAAUAUUUUUUUUUCAACUCGCACAGUCUGCAAUAUAUCAACUCUUACCAUAACAAAGUAGUAGCAUAGACUAUUAUAAAUUCUUUAUUUAAUUUAUGUCCGCGAUAGGUUUUGUCCCAUCUUUCUUUGUUUAGAUUUACCGUAAAGUUGUUAAAAUACACUUACGACAUUAUACGUCGGACUAUUCGAUGUUCUGUAAAGCUACGGUCUUCUAUGUUAGCGGGGUUGAAUUGUAACAGUGACGAGAAUACCGAUGUCUUAAUAUGGCAUAAUCGUGUUUCUAUAUAGCGUCAGUUUCAGCACCCGCUGCCAUUUUUAUUACUGCCUUGGGAAACCGUAGUUAAUUGCCUCAAAUUACAAAUGUUUGAAAAAAACUUACCUUAAAUUCAUAUACAUAAAGUUCAUUUUUUCUAUACGUUGUACAAUCGGGGAUGGUCUUUUUAACAAAUAUUUUUUAUCCUUUUUAACUUGUGAUUUGACAGUUUGUAUUAUGAUAAAAAUAUCUAUUGGAAUGCUUAAGCUACUUUAAAACUUGGGUACCUGAAUAAUGUAUAGGUCUUAAAGAGUAAUUAUGAUAUAGUUUAUUCUUAUUAUUGACAUUAUCUAAUACAUCAUUAAAGGUUUUGUACAUUAUAGUAGUAGCCUUUUUUAAAUCAUUAUAAAGCUAAAUUGACAAAUUUGCUUAAAAAAUAAUAAUGUUGUUUUAUAUAAUGAGACUUGGAGUUGAUAUAAAUUAUUUAUUUUGUUAUUAUUUAGUGGAGUGUUCAAUUUUAUGUUAUUUAAUGAAAUCUCCUUAAAUUAUUGUUAAUUUAUUAUAUCAUACCAGUUGGAAUCAUGAAAUAAACACAUUUUUAU